AUGUUGGCCGAAGAUGGUUUGUUGAUGUCGCGGUGGAGUCGUAAAGAUGGGAAAAGCGAGUGGUCCUCAGACGCCGCAUACUCUGCCAGCGCUGGCUCGAAUGUCGCAUCUACGGGCCUCACCGACACCACCUUCAAACGCCUCCCUUUCAAUUUCUGUAGCAUCUCAUUGCAGCCCUUCACAACCCCGGUCUGCACGCCCCAUGGUACAAUAUUUGACAUCGACAAUAUACUCCCAUGGCUACUUCAGCAUGGAACAGAUCCUUCGACGGGCAAGAAGCUGCAGGUGGAUGAAUUGAUACGGCUAAAAUUUGCAAAGAAUGAGCAAGGAGACUACAUUGAUCCAGUGACCUACAAAGUCCUCACGAAUAACACGCACAUAGCUGCAAUCAAAAACUCUGGUAAUGUGUUCGCGUAUGAUACGGUAGAGAGACUGAACAUAAAGGCUAAGUUGUGGAAGGAUCUGGUAAGCGAUGAAGACUUCACGAGGAAGGAUGUCAUCAUACUACAAGACCCACAAAACCUCGAGAGUAGAAACCUGAGCUCGUUCAAGCAUAUAAAAGAGGGAACGAGGAUUGUGACUCCGGAACAAGAGCGUCAAAGAAAUGCAGGAGUUAACAGAUCUGCUCUUGGCAGCGCGGCAUCCGUCCUGAAAGAUCCGUCGAGCAAACCCGAGAUAGGCAAGUAUCUUGCACAAACUCGAAACGACUCGACGUCUGCAGGAAGCUCUGCCAACGCCGUCUCGAAAGGAAGGACCAACGGUGCAUCCAAAGCAGCUCCUUCCCUCAAACCUACAGCUCAACACACAACUGGCCGCGCUGCUGCCUCCUUGACCUCCACUGGUCUGACUCCGCAUACUUCAGCGGCUCUUGCAGAGCUUUCGCAGGAGGACUUCUUAUUGAAACCAAAGAAGAUCAAACAAAGUGGACUGGUGACUCUGAAUACGACAUUUGGACCUUUGAAUCUAGAACUCGACGCCUUUCAUUCCCCUAGGACGGUCUGGAACUUCCUCACACUGACCAAGCGUGGCUACUACAAUGACUGCUCCUUCCACCGAUCAAUACCAAACUUUAUGCUACAAGGUGGCGACCCGACAGGUACAGGGCGAGGCGGCGAAAGUAGCUGGAAAGCGCCAUUUAAGGAUGAGUGGAUUCAUGCACCACAGCUUUCGCAUGACAAGCGGGGUGUUCUAUCCAUGGCCAACAAAGGGCGUGACACAAAUACGAGCCAGUUUUUCCUCACAUAUCGUCCAGCUAAGCAUCUUGAUCGUAAGCACACGAUCUUUGGGCGACUUGUCAUCGAGGAUGCUGGGAGUGAGGAGACAUUUAAGCGAAUCGAGAGCGUUGAAAGAGGUGAUAAGGAUCGUCCAGUGCAGGAGAUUAAAAUCGAGGACAUUGCUGUGUUAGUAGAUCCGUUCGAGGAGUAUCAGAAGGAGGAUGUGCUUGCAAAGGAAAGGGCAGAGAAGGAGGGUGAGGAGGGCGACAACGACAGGGUCACAUGGACUGGGAAACGGAUCGGAAAUGGCGCAUCAGAGGAAGGUCCUGGUGUAGGCUUGUAUCUGGAUGCAAAUACUAAGAGGGCUGCGAGUGGAUUCAGCGAGGAGUGGGAACUUGCUGCCGAGGAGCCGGUUGCGAAGAAGUCUAAGAAGGGUGGAGGAGCAUUUGGUAACUUUGAUAGUUGGUGA